AUGCAACGGACAUGGAGGCUGCGGCGCACGGAGAGCGCGGUGGCACGAGGCACGGAGACGCGGCACGGCGGCGCACGGAGCUGCGGGUUUCGGCAGUGGCAGCAAGUGGCGCUCGACGGGGCGCAGCGCUGUGGUAGCUGCAUCGGCGGCGGUGGCGACAGCGGCCGGCGAGGUGGCCGCGUUGCACGGCAUCUACGGCGGCUCGUGCUGGAAGCAUACGGUGGCGUCGGGCGGCAGCAACCAUGGCGACGAGCUUGUCGCGUCGGGCGCGUGUGGGAUGCAUGUAGAGGUGAUUAUGCCAUAUGGAAGACAUUGGUUCAAAAAGCUUCUGGCAUUGGAAGAGAUCCUUAUACGAAGACCAUUGCUGCUACAAAUGAGUGGUGGGCAUUGGAGUUGAAGGCACGUCCGCAGGCUAGCAAGUUUCGGUACGCUGCACUUGCGGAGGAGGAUAAAAUGGAGGAGGUGUUUGAUGCUUGUUGUGUCACAAAUGAGCAUGCGAGGGUGCCAAUGCCAACAUAUCAAGGUUCUACGUCUCGAAUCAAUUUGGAUGAUGAGUCUGGUUGUGAAGGUGAUGAAACUCAGGUUACACCUCGUCCUAAUCGUGCUAAGGGUGGGAAGAAGAGGGCUGUUGGGGCAUGUCCUUAUUCGCCAAGUCCUAAGAUGAAUGAAAAGUGGGCAAGUGAGCAUGCAAAAAAUGAGGCAUUUGUGCGUAUGGUGGACCUGUUUGAUUCAAGGAACAAGAGAGAUGCAACUCAAGUUUCAGCAAGAGAGGAGAUUCACGAAAUGAUGGCCAUGGUAGAGGCGGAUGGUGGUGCACCUGGGAGUGAUGUUCAUUUCUAUGCUUCACAACUAUUUAGGGAUCAGACAAAUCGUGAUGUUUUCUCUGCCUUCAAGGGUCACGAGCCUAGCGGCCCCCUUGCGCCCAACAUCGGCGUCAAGUACACCAUGCUUGACCAUGCUUUUGUCAAUGGUCAUCGCGUCCGUUUUGUGGAGAAUGGAGUGAUGCUACCCCCAUUGCAGACAAGGGGCCACACCAAGGCCGUUCAGAUGCAGUAUGACGAAUGA